AUGCAGCACGUUUUCACGCUCGUCGUUUUAACUUUGUUACAACUAUGUCGAGCAGAAAUUCCAAAGGUAUUACCAGAAUGGUACGCGGCAAAUCUUAUAAACGAUGCGGGAUACCAUCCAAAACUACUUACUGAGUUAUUUACAAUGCAUGCAACGUCGAAAAAUCCCAUCAUUGUAACGUCGUCAUCUACUCCUGAGAUAGGCGAAGUGCUUAUAAGUUCACCAACCAGCACUGCUCGUUCAACUGAAUUGGAGUCAUCCCCAUCUACCAGAGAUACUACACAGCGAGUUUCACCAUUACGAGAAAGUUCUUCAACAUCACCUCCAACGGUUAGAGAACAAAGGCAGAUAGUAUAUCAGCUGUCAGAACAACCAAUACAGUUCUUAUCACCCCUACCAUCUCUUCCGAUCCCAACGUCAGAAAAACAAGCUAACCCGCAAACGACUGGACAACCUAAAUACUUCCUCAUAUAUCAACAAGCGCCGGUGUCAAUACAACAGUACUCUCAAUCUGCUUCGCCAUCAGUACCAAAUGCCCAACCAACAACCCAAAUAACGAGACAGUUAACAGCACAAGAAACAACUCCAAGAGCAGCUCAACCAACUAAUGAGUUCAGACAAGAAGAAACACCAUCGACAAGAAUUUCAACUACACAAACAAUAAUUUUGCCAUCAUCUGCCUUUACAGGCGUGUCGGGAAAUGUAAGACGAGGGUCAUUUAUAAGUUCUACUACACCACAUGUACCAUUGGGUGGGACAUGGCAGGACUCAAGUACUUCCCCUGGGCCGGCAUAUUCAAGUCCUGCAAUCAGUUCGACUACUCCCUCUUACUACCCUCGUACUAGUAGUACUUUGGUGCCAUGUGCAAACAUAACUUUCACCGAGAGAAAUCCUAGGCCACGACUAGAACAGGGUGAGAAUAAAAAUCCAGCUUUUACGAUACGCGUUAAAGCGCCGAGAGGUUCAAUCACAAAUAUAACAAUUAAUCCCACAACCACAACCAGGAAACCUUCAUCACGUCGAUCGCAGCGCAGGAAAGGAAAUAACUAUAAUAACUGCGUAGAUUCUUGCAGAGGAAAGAAAGAACCGAUUUGUGCUGCUCCUUUGGCGGUCAUUCCGAUAGACCCAAACAGUUUGAAGGGUUUCCCUUCGAUUUGCCAUUUGGCUUGUCAUAACUCGUUUAGGAAAAAUCAGCCGUUUGAAAAGAUCAUGGAUGGACGUUGCAGUAAACUGCGUACGCGCAUUCGAACACUCGACAAGAAUAAGUUGAACAGGGAAGAAAUGAAUAAGUCACAAUACACGAUAUUAAAUGACAGUCCAGAAACUGUGGUUCAAGUUAUACAAAAUGAAGGAAGUGGUUGA